AUGAUGAAAGAUCCCGCGGCCGGCGUCCCGCCGCAGCUGCUGCCUCACCUGCAUCUGGUCUCCAGAUAUCGCUACCCCAUCACCAGCAAUCCUGCUGUCGAUACUAUUGUUGGGUAUCUUCUGGAAGCCCCCAAAAUCGUGCGCGACCUGCAGCCAAUGCAAUGGCAAUUCAUCGAUUGUCCCCCGGACGGCACAUUCAUCCUCGAGUGGCAGCCGCUCGAAUAUUUGGGGACAAGCUAUGCAAGUGAUGGCUUCAUCUGGGCAGAUGUGGAACAUGUCUACAAAUCAGAAGUCAGGGGAUAUACUCUGGAAAUGUUUCUACAGAGAGCCGGCUUUCGAGCCACGGGCGAAGUUAUGGCUACUCACAGCAGAAGACGGUAUCGGCUGCUUCCUGGAAACCCAGCUCACGGACUCCCAAAUCCCGAUCCUAGCUUAUGGUUGACUCACUACUCGAAAGCCUCUCCGCGUGAUCAUGUACCGGCGGCUAAUAUUCCAAUCAUGCCUCACGUUCACGCACUUCUCCAACAGCGCCGCAUGAUUCAGAGCCAAGGACAGCUGCCCCGAAAAGAGUUUAUGCUGCACGAUCGAUCAAAUUGGCCCACUAUGCACCUCCCUCCGGGAGCGACGAGAGGAGCUGCUCAAGGACAAAUUCCUCCGGGUAUUGGUCACAGAAGAGGCGCGAGCAUUACACAAGACACGACUGUGGAGGAAGAGGAAGAUGUUUCUCGUGGUGACUUGCUCGACUUUAUGGCUCCUAGAGAUAUCAGUCGCGUUCGCUACGAGCAGCACCAUGAAUGGAUGGAGGAGCUAAUCGAGUCGCCAUAUCCCACGCUCUCCAUCAUCCCUAGCGACUUGGGAUUUGGCCGGAAAGGCCAGCUUGAAGAGCUGACGAAAGAUUUCUUCGAUGCUCCUAUCUCGGCAACGAGGGAGCCGAGUAAUGGACCGGCCCCACGAGUUGGUAAAAUGCCUGCUGGGCGAGCUGAUGACUUCAUCAAGCGCGCUUCUGAAAAGCUGGCCAAAAUGCAACAAGAACUGGAAGAAAUGAGGAACAGACACGCUAGGAGGAUGGAGAAAUUGCGCCGGUCCACCACAUUGACGACUGCUGAAAAGAAGUUGCGAACAGUUUCGGAUGUGACAGAGAGGCCGAGUAUCUCGAAAGACGGGACCAGUGGUGAUGCCGACUUUGCACCGCGUGAUGCGAUUGACGAGAUCAUGAAUACAGUUGAGUCACAUAUGGGUCAGAAGCUCACAAAGACCAAUACUGUAACGCUGAUUUCGAAGGGAGGCUUGGAGGAUCGAACCCAGAUCGCUGCAGUCCCGGUCGAGCCACCCGCUCCGGUCGUUGCUUCGCCGCAGAAGGCUAUCCAUCCCCCUGUUACGGCAGAGAGUGCAAGCACUCAACAACAGCUACAACCACAGCCCCAGCUCCAGCCCCAAGCCCUGCAGGCGGCAACUGCCAGAGAAGAGCCGAAGCCGGAGGAGAAAGACAGCGCUAUGACCACCAGCGAGCAGCAAAUCCCUGUGGAGACGGAAACAGGACCUGCACCACCUGAAGCCCAACCUGUACAGUCUACCGAUGUGGAGCAACAGCCUGAAACGGAUACCAAUCAGCAAGCCGAAAAUCUGCCGCAAAUGGACGAUAUUGGGGCAGACGUGAAUAUGGAUGGUAUGGAUGACCAACUCGACACUGCAAAUCAGGACGCGGAUGAAUGGGUCAUGAUUGGCGAAGAGGGAGGCCAGAACGACAUGGAAUUUCCAGAAAUGUCAAACGAAGGCCAACAAGACGAAAGUCAACCUGCAGCGGAAGGGACGGAGGACAAGCCUAGUGGCCAGAGCACCUCCAAUCAGCCACAGCCGGUGCAAGCUCAGCCAACUCCGGAUGGAGCGCUGAACACUCCUGAUUUCGGGAUGGGAGGAGAUUUUGACAACGUGGAAGUGGACACAGCUGGGGAUGCGCUUGCAAGUUACGAGAACGAUGAAGAGCUGAAUCUGGAUGCCUUGGAGGGCUCUGCUUUUGGAGACGCAUUCCAUCCUGAGGAGGAUGAGGAGAUCUCGUAG